CCAACAUUGUAAAACACAUUUAGUAUUUUAAUAUUUUCACCUAUAUAUUGGGAAUCUCAAAACUUGAUUUACUUGUUUCACUCCAGAUAAGACACAUAGAUAAUCUUUACCAAAGAUGGCUACAGGAAUUCACCCAAAUGUAGAAGAAGAAUGCAGGAGUAGGCAGCUAGUGUCAAUAAGAUCACUUGCUCUCAUAGUAGAUCCGUUGAGAAAAUAUGUUCAGGCACAACUGAUGGAAGUUUCCAAAAAAACAACACCACAGGAUGCCUUUCAAUGGAGCUUGGAUAAUGGUUACCUGCUUGAAUAUGUCAGGUCUAACACCAAAUCGUUAAAUGAUAUUCUUGAUCCCAAAUCAUUUUUGGACAUUCUGAAGGGCAACAUAAUAUAUACGACAAAGCCGAUAAAAGACUGUGCUAAGGAACUUGUUCACUUCAGGAAUAAAUGCUGCCAUAAUGAAUUCCUUGAGUGCACUGAUAAAGCAACAUCAGCAUUUUUCAAAUCAUUGAAGAAAAUAACAAGGCAAGUUGUUGCCCAAGGUGCAGCAGACCCAAUCAUAAAUGAUAUAGAAAGAUGGGAACAGAGGAAGCUAUUUUUAAUGGACAAAAAUAUCAACAACAUGGAGGACAAGCAAAUGAUUCAAGAGGUACUAGAUGUUUGGCAUAACACCAUUCAAUCGACAGAGGAGAACAAAGAGCAGAUGGAGUCACUUCAUUUGGAACUUGGCAAGCUUCAAAAUGAACUUAGAGAAAAGAUUGGUGAACUUCAAAAUGUGACCAGUCAACAUACUGAAGAGAUUGGUGCUCUUAGAACAGAUUUUGAUGAGUUAAGAUCAACUCCUUCCACAGUUACAAAUACAUUUGAAAGUAAUCCACUUGUUCACCAGGGGUUCAAUCAACAUGCAAACAGCAUUGUUAAUAAUGUUUAUCACAACUAUGGUAACAGCACCCGGGAUCAGAUUGAUCUGCCUUCUAGGGCAAGUCAACUGUCUCUGGAGAAUCAAGACGCUUAUGAGGGAGUGAACGAAGAUGAUGAACUGUACGAGAAAGCGUUAGAGAAAGCCAAGUCAAACAAAAAAUAUUUAAAGGACCUUUCAUUCAGCGAUGAGAGUAAACUCUGUGUGAAAUUAAAUAUUAAUAAGAAAUAUCUUGAACUUGCUGAGGAGAAUUACAAGGAUGAAGAAGAUGUACAUGAAACUUUCCAUAAAGAUAACGCACCUGGUAAAUGUAAAGACUUAUUUCAGAGGCUAAGAGAAGAAAAGGCGUUAACAAUAGAGACAUUGCUGUGGCAGCUGAACAAAAUAAAAGCAAUAAAUGCAAGGAACUUUUUAGCGAAAAAAAUAAAUGAAUCACAAUAGCCUUUUAAGACUUCCUAAACAUAUGUGGUGCUUCCCUUUAAUUAGAGAGUAUUGCAGAGUUAUUAAGGAGUUAAAGCUUGCAUUUAAAAUCAAAAACGCCAACCUAUACCAAUCGCCCAUACAAAUGCAUCGCUUAA